UUGACGCCGCCGGGAGAUCCAGUCCGUCCGCCUCUGCCAGGGCUGCCGCUGCCGGACCGGCCAUGGACGAUACCCUGUUCCAGCUGAAGUUCACUGCAAAGCAGCUGGAGAAGCUGGCCAAGAAGGCGGAGAAGGACUCCAAGGCGGAGCAGGCCAAGGUGAAGAAGGUGAGUGCAGGCGCUGCCGCCGGGCCGGGCCUUUCCUCCUGUGGGUCCUGUGCUCCUCGGGCCUGGGCAGAGGCCGAACCCCUCUGUGGGGCGGGGCAGGGCUGGAGGCUCCUGGGGUUGCUGUGCUCUCCGUGGGGGGCUUUCUUACAGCUGGUUAGCGGCUAGAGUAGCUCCUGGGGUGCUGGGUUUGGAUGACUCCUCAGCCAGACUGAGGCUCCCAGGGCAAAAGGGGAACGCAGCCGACAUCCCAGUCUGAAGCCACGUCACCGCCAUAGUCGUGAUGCCUUUGGAAUCAGCACUGCCUGCGCUGGCUUUUCAAGCUCUGCUGCUUCCAGGCGGAGCUACGUCGUGUGAGGGCAGCUGAGUGUGUCGGUGGGAGUGGAGAGGCCUGGAAAGGUGGCCGUGUUUUCCUGAGCCCGGCUCUCUCGUCUGACUUUCUCUGAGGGCUGGCUGGGGGCCCUGCCCCUGGACACCCUCACUCCUGAGACAUUUCUGAUGAGAAAACCUGCAGAGAGGCUGAGAAGGGGCUGCCCCACAGCAGCAGACGGCGCCCCAGGACUGGCCGGGGCCGGGCCCCAGCUGGCAUUUCCCCCUGCAUUUCAGGCCCUUCAGCAGAAGAAUGUGGAGUGUGCGCGGGUGUACGCUGAGAACGCCAUUCGCAAGAAGAACGAAGGUGUGAACUGGCUCCGCAUGGCGUCCCGCGUGGAUGCCGUGGCCUCCAAGGUGCAGACGGCCGUGACCAUGAAGGGGGUGACCAAGAACAUGGCGCAGGUGACCAAAGCCCUGGACCGGGCCCUCAGCACCAUGGACCUGCAGAAGGUCUCUGCGGUGAUGGACAGAUUUGAGCAGCAGGUGCAGAACCUGGACGUGCACACGUCGGUGAUGGAGGACUCCAUGAGCUCGGCCACCACGCUGACCACACCACAGGAGCAGGUGGACAGCCUCAUCAUGCAAAUCGCCGAGGAGAAUGGCCUAGAGGUCCUGGACCAGCUCAGCCAGCUGCCCGAGGGCGCCUCUGCCGUGGGCGAGAGCUCCGUGCGCAGCCAGGAGGACCAGCUGUCUCGGAGGUUGGCCGCCCUGAGGAAUUAGUGGAGCCAAGCGGCAGCGUGCUCCCUCCCGGCCUCAUAGGGGAAGGGCUGGGAAGGCCGCCUCUGCCCCCUCCCCACUGCUCUCCCCCUCUCACCUGCCAGGCCUGGGACUCUGCCUCUUCUCUGAGCACGGGUGUGGGUCUGUGUCCGGCUGGGCGAGUUUGCACAAACUUCUGACUUCUGUGGGUAAUUUCUGUGACUCCGGGCCACCAGCUAGGCGAUCUGCAGGCUCCCCUCCGUCCACCACCACUGAGAAACCCCCAGGGACUGGCUGGUGGCUGCCACGUCGAUAUGGGGGCUUUCAGACUCCAUGUGAUGGCACACGCACUGGGAGUGGUCAGCCAGUGGGGGUCAGGGCUGCAGGCUGUUGCUAGGGACCCCUGGAGGCCCCCCGACUCCAUUUAGAACCUGGUCCUGCCAGCUGCAUGGGCCCCGCUCGGGCUCCCCAGUGUAAGGCGCCUAGCUCCCAGUCCAGCGGGCCCCCGGGGGUCUGCAUCCUCUCUCCCCUGCGCCUCUGGAGGGCUCGGGCCCUGCGGACUCUCCUCUAGGGAGCCGGAGUCUACGCUGAGGCCCCUCCCAGCCAGGGAGCAGGCGCCUCCCCCUCCUGGGGGGGAUGCUUUGCUCCUGUCACUAUAAAUGAUGGGGUGCCUCCCCCAUCUGGCUCUCGCUGCCUUGUGGGCUCACGCUGUUGACCUUGAAGCUGGAGCAGCUGAUGGAAGAGCCGCCCUCAGUGGGGCCAGCAGUGGCAGUGCUUCUGACGCCGUGCUGGGCUGGCCUGAGGGGAGCUUCAGACAGGCUGCACUUUUCUGUUUUCUCCAAUUACUGAAGUUUACUUCGUUUUCCUGAAGCUUCCAGGGAUUUUUUUUUUUUUUUUUUGCCAAAAAGAAGGAGCAAGUAGAUGGGGAGCGUUUGGUAUGAGCCCCUCCCCAGCGUCAGCUGGAGAGCACUGCUUGUCGGUGCUGACCAGAGGCCUCUGGCUGGCCGUCUGUCCUCACAGCGCUGGCUGUCACGGACAGAAACGUGGGAGAACUUUCCCUGGCUCUCUGCGUUUGAUUCUUCCUGGACUUGGAGCCCUUGGGUGCUCUGUACAGUAAGUUGUGCUGUGGGCUGCCUGGGGCUCUGGACUGUGGUGUGAGGCCGGAGAGAAUGGGCUUCAAGAGCCACCUGGUUUUUCUUCUGUGAUGCCGACCUCGCCUUACUCCCUGGCCAUCAUCCCUUGGGGCUCCCACGUGCCAGGGGUUCAGAGAAGGUCCCCAGGGGGUGCAGAGCUCCACGGAGACGCCCGCUGGGGGCAGAGGCCACACUGCAUCAAAGGGCAGCAGGCGAAGUUUGCCUUUUCCUGAAAUGCUGUUGUGAAUAAAGAGGUUGAUGCCCGAGAA